AUGCCUCGCCCCCCGUCCCCUCAGAAUGACCCCGCCCCCACCACGUUGCCGACAGAUACGCCAUCCAAUCACAGCUCCUCUCCCCCGGCCUCUCCUGCAGCGGUGACCAAUCACAGUGUGGCUCCACUCAGCGCGGUCAUCCAGCCCCGCCCAUCUCCUGCAGACAGCGUUUUCAUUGUGAUGAGCAGCGUCUUCAUCGUCACCGGAUCAGUGGCGCUGAUGAUCGCAGGGGCCUGUUGGGUCAGGUUACAGAGGGGAGUGCGUCUGUCGCAGAAAGUGGACUAUCCUCCUUAUGGACUCAUGAGACCACACACCUUCAACAACCAGCCCGGUGACAGGCGGCUGGUGCAGAGCGCUCAGAUGUAUCACUACCAGCACCAGCGGCAGCAGAUGCUCUCCCUCCACAAACACAGGGAGAGUCCCAAAGUCCCCGACUCUGGAGCUUCCACAGACGAUGACAACGAAGACGGAGACUUCACGGUGUACGAGUGUCCAGGACUUGCUCCGACCGGAGAGAUGGAGGUGAAGAACCCGCUCUUCGACGACUCCACGCUGUAUUUCCACAGAUUUCACAAAUGA